AUGAAGUUUAGUGCCGAUGUUAGCUCCUCUUGCAGAAAGAGCAGAAAGGCUCACUUCUCUGCCACCUCCGAUGUUCGUCGUAAGAUCAUGAGUGCUCCUUUGUCCAAGGAACUCAAGGAAAAAUACAACACCCGUGCUAUUCCCGUUCGCAAGGAUGACGAAGUCAUGGUUGUUCGCGGUACUUACAAGGGCCGUGAAGGUAAGGUUGUCCAAGUUUACCGUAAGAAGUGGGUCAUCCACAUUGACCGUGUCUCUCGUGAGAAGGUCAAUGGUGCCACUGCUCCUAACGGUAUCUCUCCCUCCAAGGUUGUCAUCACCAACCUCAAGUUGGAUAAGAGCCGUGUUGCUAUCCUUGACCGUAAGGGUAAGAAGGUUGGCAUGAAGCAGGUAACGUCACAUGGGUUGAUUGUCAACACGAUCUGUUAUUAACACUGCUUUUUCUCUUUACUAAAUUCUACUUGUAAUUUCAUUCAUAAUAUACUAUUUUCUUUGAAAUGAUUAAU